AUGGCUCGCAUCUUCAUCACUGGUUCCAGCGACGGCAUCGGACAGGCGACGGCCAAGCUCCUCGCCGACAAAGGCCACUCAGUCGUCCUUCACGCGCGGAAUGCAGACCGCGCUGCGACCACCCGCAAGUCCGUCCCGAACGCAGAGGCCGUGCUCGUGGCCGACUUGCGCUCGAUCGCAGAAACCAAGAAACUCGCCGAGGAAGCCAAUGCCCUGGGAAACGGGCGCUUCGAUGCGAUCAUCCACAAUGCCGGCAUUGGCUACGGCUCCACGUCCAGCCGCGAGAUCACCGCGGACAAGAUAUCCGCGGUCUUCGCGGUGAACACGCUCGCGCCGUACAUCCUCACCUGCCUGAUGCACAAGCCCACGUCGCGGCUGCUCUACAUGAGCUCCGACAGCCACUACGGCGGCGAUGAGUCCCUGCGCAAUGUCACACAGUCGCAUUCGUACAGCGACAGCAAAUUGCACGAUACCAUGCUGGCGAAUGCCUUUGCCCGCCGAUGGGGGGAUGAAAUCCAGGUCGUGAGUAUGCACCCCGGCUGGGUACGGACCAAGAUGGGAGGCACCAUGGCGCCUGGUGGGAUGGAUACACCGGCCAAGGCGCUGGCGGAUUGGGCAGUCGGACAGGGAAGUUUGGCCAGCCUGAAGAGCGGAACGUUCUUCACCACGCGAGGCGCAGAGUCGGCGCAUCCUGGAGCUGGAAAUGUCAGCAAGCAAGAGGAGUUGUUGAAGAUUUGCAAGGAGGUAUCUGGGGUAUCUAUUCCGGGGGAGUAG